AUACUCAACCUAGAUAAAUUCAAGAAUUCAGGAAUUGAAACAAGCGUUCAACUUGUGAGAAAUGGCUGAUUCAACCACUAAGCUUCUCCUCAUCGUUUGUUUCCUAGUCCUAAUUUCUCACGGCUAUGGCGAUAUCCCCCAUUGUUCUAUCAAGAAUCUCUCUGUAAAACAAGCUCAGACAGGGGUUAAGGUGCAAGGAAAGCCACAAUGGAAAGUGACUAUCAGCAACACAUGUUGUGUCCAAGGCGACGUAAAGGUCGAUUGCCGCGGUUUUCAAACCGUCGAAAAAAUAGAUCCUGAUGUUUUGAAGGUCGAGGGCGAUGCUUGUCUUGUUAAUAAUGGUAACGUUAUCUACGAAGAUCCUGUCAUCUUCACAUAUGCUUGGGACCGUUCUUUCCCAUUAACUCCAAUUUCCUCACAAGUUAGUUGUUCUUAAGUAUCUAGGAGAUUUUGCUAUUGUAUGGUUUCACAAGUAAUAUACUUGUUGAAUAAAUAAUAGUGUGUGGUUGAGUAUACCAAUUACCAUGUAUUAUCUCUAAUUAAAGAGCUUAAUGUAUACCUAUUUGAA